CAACACUUUACGCUAAACACGUGGUAAUAUUUUGAUAACUCAGUUUCUAGAAGUGUUUUAUUCAAAUAAAUAAUUAAAUUAAUUUCAGAUUGUUUUUUUGUAGUUUUAUUUAAUGAGUAAGAAAAGAAAAGGAAAAAAUGGGAAAAUCAAGAAAAUAUAAUUGGAAAGCUAGACAACAACAAUCUGAACAGUUAAAAGUUCCAAAAAAUGAGGUAAAAUUAAAUUUGGAUAUACCAAUUGACACAAGCAAAUAUGAUGAAAGCAACACUUUUGCCCUGCCCUCUAAAAAGGAGAAAUCUGAAAAAAUUAAAAAUAAGCCUACCGUUUUUCAUAAGUCUUUAUCAAAGAAGGAAAGAAAAAGAAUUGCACAGAAACAAAGAAGACAUAUGAAAAGAUUACAAAGAAAUGAAUUAUUAGAAGAUUUGCAAAAAGUACAAAUUUCUAAUGAAGAAUUAAAGUUAAUGACAUCGAUAACAGAUUUUCAAACAAAAGGGCGAAGAAGAUUUUUAAAAGACGCAAAAGUUGUUAAUAAAGCAUCAAUUGAAACUGUGACAGAAGAUAAUGAGGAACUAACUAAUAUCAUAGGAAUUGACAAAAAAAGAAAAAAUUGUUAUGAAAUAGAAAAUGAAAGUAUUGAAAGUGAUGAAGAAGCUAGUAAGCUUCUAAAAAUUGAUUCUGUUUCAAAUUCAGAAAAUGGAGUAAUUAAAUCUUUAGAAGAUAAUACAGAAGAAAAUUUUUUAGAUUCAAUUUCUGAACAAAACAUUAUAGAAAAUAACACAUCUAAUGUUCAGAAUUAUUUAAAUAUAAUUGAAGAAGAUAGAAGAAGUGAAAAUAACUCAUUUAUUCAAGAAUUUGAAGAAUUUAAAUCAAGAUUAAAGCCAAAACCAACUGUUUAUUAUCCAAAACCUACAUUAUAUGAGAGAAAAAUAUUAAAAAAAAAUUUAAGAAAGCAAAUGAAGUUAAAAAAGAAGAAACAGUCUGAAGUUGGUGAAUAUAUUAAGAAUUUUGAGAAUAUGUCAUCUAUGGAAUAUGAAUCAAUAAAUGAUGAAAGUAUAAUGGAAAAAGAAAAAACUAAAGCCUUGGAAGAGAAAAGCUCAGAUAUCAAUCUGUCUAAUGAGAAUAUAAAUCACAAAGAAGCCAUUAAUAGUAGAGAGUCCAAACUUAAUUUAGAUAAAAUGAAAACUCUAAAAGAGAAUGAUUUAGAUCAAACAAAUAUUAAAUCAGAAGAAAAAUUAGAAGUACAAAAAACAAAUAAAGGAGAAUCUAAACAGCAGUUCAUACUAAUAAAUCGUACAUCAGAGAUUCAAAAUGCUCGGUUAGCAUUACCAAUUUUACCUGAAGAACAUGUAAUAAUGGAGGCACUAUCUGAAAAUCAUGUGGUAAUUAUUUGUGGUCAAACAGGAUGUGGAAAAACAACUCAAGUUCCUCAAUUUUUAUAUGAAGCACGAUAUGCUAAUGAUAGAGGUAUAAUUGGCAUAACUCAACCUCGUCGAAUUGCAGCAACUUCUUUAGCUGAAAGAGUUGCAUAUGAAAUGAAUUUAUCUAAUAAAAUAGUAUCAUAUCAGAUUCGUUUUGAAGGAAAUGUUACAGAAGAAACAAAAAUAAAAUUUAUGACUGAUGGUAUUUUAUUGAAAGAAAUACAAAAGGAUUUCCUUUUAACAAAAUAUAAUGUAAUUGUAAUUGAUGAAGCCCAUGAAAGAAGUAUGCAUUCAGAUCUUUUGAUUGGAUUAUUAUCAGGAGUUGUACGAUUAAGGGCAAAAAAAGGAAAUCCUCUUAAAAUGAUUAUUAUGUCAGCAACACUUAGGAUUCAGGAUUUUGUAGAAAAUAAAAGUUUAUUUGAAAAACCACCUCCAGUUAUAAAGAUUGAUGCUCGGCAGUAUCCUGUUACUAUUCAUUUCAAUAGGCGCACUCCUACAGAAGACUAUAUUGAAACUGCAUACAAAAAGGUCUGUAGAAUUCACCAAGAACUUCCGGAAGGUGGAAUUCUUGUAUUUGUUACUGGACGGGAAGAAGUGCAUAGGCUUUGUAGAAAAUUGCAAAAAACAUUUCCAUGUCCUGAAGAUAGUAAAAAUGACAAUGUUAAAGAAAUUAAAACAGAAGAAGAAUUAGACAAAUUCAUGGAUGAUCCUAAAACAUUAAAAAAGAUUGGGAAGCAUUGUAGUUAUUCCAAACAAAAUUCAAAAUUAGAUCUACCUGAUAUUGAUCUUGAUAAAUAUUCAAUCCAGCCAAUGGAUGAGGAAAUGCUAUUGGAGCAAGCUGAAUCAGAAGAGGAAGAUAUUUUUGAUGAUGAAUUUGAAAACACUAUGGAUUGCAAAAGAUCUUCACAACCUAUGCUUGUUCUUCCACUAUAUUCUUUAUUACCCAUACAUAAGCAAUCACAAGUAUUUCAAGCUCCACCAGAGGGAACUAGAUUGUGUGUUGUUGCUACAAAUGUUGCAGAAACUUCAUUGACUAUUCCUAAUAUUAAAUAUGUAGUAGAUACUGGGAAGAUUAAAAGAAGAAUUUUUGACAAAAAAUGUGGUAUAUCUACAUUUAUUGUAACAUGGACUUCUCAAGCAUCUGCCAAUCAAAGAGCAGGUAGAGCUGGUAGAACAGGAUCUGGCCAUUGUUAUAGAUUAUAUUCAUCAUCUGUUUUUACCAACGAAUUUCCAAAAUUUUCACCUCCAGAGAUUACUCUCCGCCCUAUUGAUGAUAUUGUACUGUAUAUGAAGGUAAUUAUCAGAUAUCAUAUACAAAAGUCUGGAUACAAGAUAACUCAGUUAGGCCGAAUCAUAACUCAUUUUUCUGUCAACCCUCGAUUUGGAAAGAUGAUUGCUUGCUCAUUUAAGAAUGAUGUUAUGCCAUAUACUAUAAUUAUAGUUUCUGCAUUAUCAGUUAGAGAAAUAUUUCUUGAUUCUUAUAUGUCAACGGAAAUUGAGGGUGGUGAUGAUGAUGAAAUUUGCCUAUACAUAGGACCUUUAUGCAACUCAGGUUCUCAGUGCACCACAAGUUCAAAUUACUCCCUUACAUCAUACCAGCCAACUUCUUUCAGCCUCCUGGCUGUUAAAACAGCCAUUGCUGCUAUUAUCUGCAGAGCAUAUUUAUACUCUUUAUCACCCUUGCUUGUACACAAAGAAUUGAGUCAGGUUGUUAUAGCAGUGCACAAUGCUGGUUUAUACAACAUCCAAGUUCAAGCAUCAGAAGAAAGACUUAUGCAACUUGGAGCACUUGAAAAAGAGACAAGAAAAGUUAAUGGUUUAGAAAAGUCUGGAUACAAGAUAACUCAGUUAGGCCGAAUCAUAACUCAUUUUUCUGUCAACCCUCGAUUUGGAAAGAUGAUUGCUUGCUCAUUUAAGAAUGAUGUUAUGCCAUAUACUAUAAUUAUAGUUUCUGCAUUAUCAGUUAGAGAAAUAUUUCUUGAUUCUUAUAUGUCAACGGAAAUUGAGGGUGGUGAUGAUGAUGAAAAUAAUAAAUCUAUAGAAAAUAAAAAAUGGAAAAGCUUGAGAAUGCAAUGGGCAGAAUUGGAAUGUGCUCAUGGCCUUGGUGAUAUUAUGGUUUUAUUAAAAGCAGUUGGAGGUACUGAAAAUGUUGGACUAAGUAGAAAAGUAUGUGAUGACAAUGGUCUGAGAUAUAAAGCCCUAUUGGAGAUUCGUAAACUGCGUUGUCAAUUAACUAAAGAAGUGAAUCUUUUAUCAUCAAAAUAUAAUUAUUGCAUGGAUCCAAAACUUGAUGUUCCAACAGCAUCUCAAAAAGAAUAUUUAUGUCGACUUAUUUUAGCUACAGGAAUAAAUCAUGUUGCAAAAAAAAUUCCAAUAAAUGAAAUCAAGAAAGAGAAUAGAAAAAAAUUUAAAAAUGCUUAUCAGGCAUCAGAAGAAAGACUUAUGCAACUUGGAGCACUUGAAAAAGAGACAAGAAAAGUUAAUGGUUUAGUGAUAUCUGCUAUUGAUCCUUCAUGGAUACCGUUAGUUGCACCACAACUUUGUUCUUUUUCUAAACCAUUGGAAAAACCACCUCCAAGAUAUGAUGCAGAAAGUGAUGAAAUUUUAUGUCACAUGACAUCAACAUUUGGACAACAGCAAUGGGAAUUACCUCCUGUUGAAUUAAAAUUUCCUGUAACAACAAGUAGAUACAGUUGGUUUGGUAGAUUUUUUCUUGAAGGUGAAAUUAUACCAGCAUUAAAAAAAUAUAGUAAAUUUCUCAUAAUUUCACCCACUAAUAUGAUUAAAGAUUGGGCAAGAUUUCAAGAAAGAACUCAAUAUGUAUUGAAUUGUCUUAUAAAUAAACAGGUAGACAGUAAAAAGGCAUUAUUGGAAGAAUGGAAAAAAGAUUCAAAAUAUUUACUUUGGGCUUAUUGUCAAUGGUUACCAGCAGAAUUACAUAGUGAAAUUUCACAAAUAUGGCCACCAUCAUCAUAAUUUUUAAGAGUUCCUGUUCUAUUCUGUAGUUAUUCUUAAGAAGGAGUUUCAAUGAACUCUUCUUUUAUAUAUAUUUCAUGUAUAGUAAAAGUGAAAAAAACAUUGUAAAGUUUGUAUUAAAUGUUAUUUUUAUUUAUUGAACAUAUUUACAUACAUGUUGAAGAAGAUAUAUUCUUAA